AUGUUGGAAGAGCUACUCGUCGUAUUCGAAGAUUCGCCCAGCCUACUCAACCUCGUCGGUGCUACGAUCAUAGCAGACCCCGCUGAUUUCACUGGGAUUCAUCAUGCAGCAAGAGCACUAGCCGAUGAUUUCGGUCGGGUAACGCGAGGCAAAGCAAAUCCAAUUGAAUUGGUAAACCCCGGGAAACUGAAAGCACCAGCCGCCAUUAUCAUAGGAUGCAUAGAAUCAUGCUGGAUGAUUCGGGAGCUGCAGUGGCUUGGAAAGAUUGAAACUGCUUCAAUCCGGGGCAAAUGGGAGUCUUUCACAACCUUUGUCGUUGACAACCCGUUUCCCGGAUGUUCCAAAGCACUAGUUAUUGCUGGGAGUGAUAAGAGAGGCGCAAUCUUUGGGACAUACACUCUCUCGAGCCAGAUUGGAGUAUCUCCAUGGUAUUGGUGGGCAGAUGUCCCUGCACAAUUUCAUCCCCAGGUAUAUGCGCGACCGGUGCGUACAAUUCAGGGCGAACCGAGCAUACAAUUCCGAGGAAUUUUCCUCAAUGAUGAAGCACCAGCACUCACAGGAUGGGUGCUGGAGAAUUUUGGGAAAUACAAUAGCGCUUUCUACAAGAAAGUCUACGAAUUACUGCUGCGGUUGAAAGCGAGCUUCAUGUGGCCGGCGAUGUGGCCGGGGUAUCCAAAUCCCGGUGCUGUAUUCUUCACAGAUGACCCAGAGAACCAGCGCAUAGCCGACGAAUAUGGAAUCUGCAUUUCUACUUCCCAUCACGAGCCAAUGCAGCGUGCUUCGACCGAGUGGUUCCAAGAACAUGCAGAUGGAACAUGGAACUGGCUCAUGCACCGUGAUGAGAUCGUCGAGUUCUUCCGGGAAGGGGUUCAGCGCGCAAAGGGCCUCGAAUCCUACUUCACUCUAGGAAUGCGUGGCGAGUAUGAUAAGAAGAUGGUUACCGAUGACCCUGGCGCAGUAAUGCGGGAUGUGCUUCGAGAACAGCGUGCUCUUUUCUAUGGAGUACAUGGCCGCGAAGAUGCGGUACCUCAAGUUCUGGCACUGUAUAAAGAAGUGCAAGAUUUGUAUGAGGCUGGCGAGUUCACAGUUCCCGAAGAUGUAACGCUCUUAUUCGCGGAUGAUAACUUUGGAUCUCUGCGGCGCCUGCCAUCGGGCUACGAGGUGAGGAGGUCUGGGGGUGCAGGAAUAUACUAUCAUUUUGAAUAUGUCGGCGAUCCCCGGAGCUACAAGUGGAUCAACUCAAACUCACUGGGCAAGGUCCAUCACCAAUUAUCUCAAGCAUACCAACGAAAUGCGCGGAAGAUCUGGGUCUUCAACGUCGGUGAUAUCAAGCCAAUCGAGGUGCCUCUCACGUUUGCGAUGGAGAUGGCAUGGAAAAUUGACUCGAUUCAAAUGGAUACCAUUCCUCAAUUCUUGGGACAAAUUGCGACCAAUUACUUCGGUUCUGCGUUGAGUCCGCAAAUUGUCUCCGUCUGGCAUGAGUACGAUCGCCUCGUUCGCCUCCGAAAGCACGAGCACAUUGAUCUAGAAAGCUUUUCAUUGCUACACUACAAUGAAGCCGACAAUAUCGUCACGCGAUGGAGAAACUUAGAAUUCAAGGCAGAAUCCUUGUACAAUCAAGUAUCGGAAGAGCAACGGCCGGCAUUUUGGGAACUUGUCGUUCAUCCAGUAAAGGCCAGCUCAAUUUUCACCCAGUUAAGAGUGGUUCAAGCUCGAAACCAACUUUAUGCACGUCAACGACGCAACACAGCGAACAAACUUUUGCGUCAAGCCCUUGAUCUCUUCGAUGCAGAUUUCAAGUUAUCCCAAGAGUUUCAUUCCCUUUUAGACGGUAAGUGGAAUCAUUUGUUAUGCCAACCACACAUGGGCUAUGGAGAUACCUGGCACGCGCCUUCACGGGACGCCAUCUUUGGUCUGGCAUACGUGCAGCGACAUCAAAACAGUAAUAUAAUUGUGGGUCAAAUGGGAGUUGCAGUGGAGGGCCAUGAAGGUGUUCGAGCUGGGCGAAUUAAUGAGGAGAGUGAGCGAACACAUCCUAGUCGCCGAGAUCUGGUCCCAGGACUGACACUUGGUUCCAUGAGUCGAUACGGUCCAAUCAAAAGAUGGUUUGACAUAUUUACCAGGGGGACACAGAAUAUUCACUGGACAUUGUCCGUUCCUCAUCCAUGGAUUCGACUCUCCGAGAGGAAAGGGACCUUGUCCCCUGAUGGUGAUGACGUGCGUAUUUGGAUCAUGAUUGACUGGGAUCAAGUGCCCGUGCAAUUCGAUGAAGAGAUUCUGGUUACCAUUGUCUCGGAAGAGGGGGAUUUUGAACAUGUUCAUCUGCCUGUACAUGGUCACAAAGUGCCUGAAUCCUUCCGUGGCUUCGUCGAAUCGGACGGCUGUGUAUCCAUCCCCGCUUCAGGAGUGGAGAUCAAGGCACCAUACCAGCAUCAUCCAGAGCUAGGCCGAUCAAGCGAGGGAGCGGUGACUAUUGAGAGUCCUCUGCUCCGAGAAGAUGCUCCUCCGCCGUUCCUUGAGUACCCGAUAUACAUCUUUUCAAGAUGCUCGCCAACCUUGAAUUUGAUUUUUAAUAUGACUCUCGACAUCGACCCCGCGAAUUCAAUGUCCUACGCGAUUGCAGUUGACAAUGAAACUCCACAUCACCACCUUUUGCUGCCAGAAUCACAAGAGAGAAGAGAUAAACUCCCAGCCGAAGGAUGGCUGGACGCUGUCAUGGAUUGCGUUUGGAAACGAGAUCAUACGGUCACGCAGCUCAACCUGGGCGCUCACAUUAUCAGAAUCAGAUUGAAUCAUCCGAAUUUGCUUCUUGAGAAAAUCGUAUUAGAUCUUGGCGGAGCGAAGGAGUCUUACCUUGGACCUCCGCCCAGCUUGUUUGUCUCUUAG